CCCUGUCGAUCUCCCCAGACCCGUCACGACAUAUUCUUUGAGCCACACCUACCCGUGAGAUUGGCCAUCUGCACGUUCGCGUCGUGCAACGACUGGUGGGCGUAGCUGCUCAUCCUCGCCUCACACUCCGUGAGAAAGCACGAAGUGACAUCGUACAUCAAGGUUCUUUCUCUCUGGCUGGAAUCCCUGGUUGGCACGGUGAUCGUACCUGUUACUUAGUACUGUACCGAAUCAUCCAGUCCCGAUGCGUCUCCUCAACACCGCCACCCUCACGCUCGAGUCCUUCCCCUCCCGGCCUCCCCCCUACGCCAUCCUCUCGCACACAUGGCUCUCCGGGGACGACGGCCCCGAGCCCACGCUCCAGGACCUCCUGGCGGGGACGCACACCCGCAAGCCCGGCUGGGCCAAGGUCGAGUCCCUCUGCCGCGCCGCCGCCGCGAGGGGCCUCGCGCACGCCUGGGCCGACACGGUCUGCAUCGACAAGACCAGCAGCGCGGAGCUGUCCGAGGCCAUCAACGCCAUGUGGACGUGGUACCGCCGCGCCGAGUGCUGCUUCGUCUACCUGGCCGAUGUCCUGGACGCUGACCUCCCGCCGCCGCCGUCGCCACCGCCGUGCGAUGGGGACAGUCCAGAAUCAUCAUCCAGCCGCCAGGGCGCAGAGGACGGUGAGGGGCCUCUAGUUACGGCAGACAAUGCCAACGGGAGCCAGACCGCCCAGCAGCAGCUGCAGCAAGGCAAUACGGAGGAGAACAACGACGACGACAACGAGUCCGUCCCCCCCGGCCCCUCAUUCGAGCGCUCCCGGUGGUUCACCCGUGGCUGGACCCUGCAGGAACUCCUCGCCCCCCGUCGGCGCGUCAUCUUCCUCUCGCAGUCCUGGCGGCGCAUCGGCACGCGCACCUCCCUCGCGAGUCGCAUCUCCGCGCGCACGCGCAUCCCCGUGCCCGUCCUGCUCACGGGCUCCUGGCGCCAGCACCGGCACUCGAGCUACAGCGAGAGCAGCAGCAACGCCGCCGCGCGCAUGUCCUGGGCCGCCGGCCGCGCCACCACCCGCCCCGAGGACGCCGCCUACUGCCUUCUCGGGCUCUUCGGCAUCCACAUGCCCCUGCUGUACGGUGAGGGCGGGCCCCGCGCGUUCGUGCGCCUCCAGGAGGAGAUUCUGCGCCAGGGGGCUGGUGGCGGGGGGCAGGAGGAGGCAGAGGACUGCUCGUUGCUAGUCUGGGAUGCUUCGGCACUGCAGGACGGCGACGACUUUGCCUCCUCCGACGAGGAUGACGACGACGACGACGACAACGACGACUAUGUCAACGAUGGUGGGAUCCUCCAUGGGCACGCAAGCGUCCCCGCCGCUCGACGCCGCAAAAGAAUCAUCGUCGGCGCCCUCGCCCCCAGCGCAGACUGCUUCGCCAAUAGCGGCGCCAUCGCAUGCCACCCCGCCGCGCCCGACGCCCCCGGCAGCGUCAUCACGUCGACGAACCGCGGGCUGAGCAUCCAGAUGUGCAUCAUGAUGCGCGAGGGGGGACCCCCCGACGAGCGGCUCGGCGUGCUCCCGUGCCACGUCCGCGGCGACAUGGCCACGGCGGUAGCCCUGCCGCUGGUGCCGCUGCCCCUGGACGACGACGGCGCCAACAACGUAGUGGCAGCAGCAACAGCAGGAGGAAGAGGAGGAAGAGGAAGCAUGAUGGCGGCAAAGCAAAAGACGUACGCGCGCGCCUGCGCCGCCCCCGUGCUUCUCCCCAUGGUGCUCCCCGCGCUGGCCACGCAGCCCGUCCUCCUGCCCAAGCGUUCGAGCCGCGGCUGGUGGUCUACUGGUGCUAGUAGCAUAACAGGAGGAGGAGGAGCAGGAGGAGCGAGCGGCAGCCACACGACAUGGUGGCUCAAGUACUUUUCGGGAAACAGCUGCGACCUGCUCUCCUCAUGGACCUCGCCCUGGCCGUCCGAGUACGGCGCCCCAUCGUCGUUGUCGCCCCUGACGAUCCCGUCAUCUCCAUCGCAGACUGAACCCUCCCCAGUGUUCCAACCCGUCCGCGCAAAAUCAUCACCACCACCGUCCUCCAAGUCCUUCAUCACCCCACCACCAUCCUGGACACGCAACGACCCCACGCAGACCAUGACGCUCCUCAUCCCGCAAACGAGAAUGACCCCCCUCGGUAAGGUGCUGCCCGCGCCGCUCGGCCCUGUGUCCACCGUCGCCGCCUUCCGCGUCAGGGGCCGGGACGACGACGAAUGCUUCGCCGUGUCCAUGGAGCUGGGCCCCGGCAACGGCGCGGCCAGAGUCGAGCUGAGCGCCUUCGACGGGGUGGCGCUGCGGCAAGCCGCCGGCCGGGAAGACUUGCUGCGGCUUGCCAGGCGCAGGGGCGCGGGAUCGACCGUGCUACACCUCCCCAGCGCCACCGUCUCGGUGCGCUUCAGCGUCGACAACGUUAGGGGCACACUCACCAACGUCAUCAACGUCGUUUGCAUGAGACCAUUAGGGCGCAGUUGAUCAUCCCUCAAAGGGGCGCGCGCGCGCACGACACCAAAGGUCUUCUCACCAGAGUGUUUUAUUACUGCUAGGCUUCCUGCUGCUUGUCCACGGCCAUCGCUACAUGAACACAGCCCAAACACCCCCAACGGACAAAUGAAACACAAAAGAAACAAACGGCACGCGGGCAUGGAUCACGGCCCCGGAAUCAAAUCAACGUGACAAGAGACACGACUCUUGCAUCGGUGCCCGUUCCCCUAUACCGAACGUGCCUAAAAAAAAACGAAACGCCACUCAAGAUGGUCUCAGCGCUUGAUGUCCCGAUCUCGAGUUCCUCACCCAAUGUGUGUGUGCUGAAGAUGCGGUAUGCCUGGUGAUGCUUGUGUCUCGCAACCCAAUCUACCAAAACGCAGCUUUCCGGUCCGCCCAAGCCAGUUGGGCCACUUUAACCGCCAAAAUACACGGGUUGUUGUUCUGGACUCCCGGCCCCAGGGCUCUAAGUCUUUGUAGUAUCUCCGCGUCAAGUCUGACGUAUGUCACAAUGCCGUUGGUCUCCGCGUACGUAAGGU